AGUUAUGGUGAGUUGAAAGUCUACUACUUAUUUACCCCUAGUCACUCAGCAUUGAAGAAGGGCCACUCCGAUGGUAGUCUGGGCAGUCUCGUAUGCUUAUCAAGGGAAGCCGUCGUAUGCGGUCCUUAUCUCCGUCCCAUCAGUCAAUCCAUCUACGAGACGUUCUCGUCAAAACACGCCGAUAAGUACUUGUCGUGGAUAGUUUACCUGACGGCGACGUUCUACGAUCUGCUUAAGAAAUUGUAUGAUGAGUGCAAUUCCAAAUGCGGUGCCAGGGGAUCGAAUUGCCACGUAAAAGCGUGCAUCAAGGGGUGUCCAACUACAACCAUAGCGCAAGAUCCGCCACGAUAUCACGAUGCCAAAUGCAAAUCCAUUGUAAAGUGCAAUGCUACGCUGCCGACAUUGGCGAAGUACGGCUUCGUUCUCGGCGAUCCAGAGAGGCUGAACGGGGAUAGACCAUCGCAUACAAAACGCACGUGCAGAGAUUUCUGUAAUGUAUUUGCGGAGGCAUUUGAGAAGGACUCACAUCUUGUGAAGUUUUUCAAAGCCAUUGAUAAUUUCAUGUUCGCCAUCCGCGCACCCUUCCUGUGGAUGACCGUGGCACUCUGGUCACUGUCCCUCUUCUACCUCAUCUGCGUAAUGGUUGGCAGACUGGAUGUGCUCCACAUACGCUCACACCUGAGGAUACCGUCGUCGCACAAGAUAACGCCGCAGUCAUUGUUGGCUGCAGCGCAAGUCGGAAGGCUUGCCAAGAUAUCGUAUCUACAACCGUAA